UUGUUAUUGUUUUGCAAGUCGGAUGGUUCUCAAAACGUUGGUACCAUAACAAAGUAUAUUCUCGCCUCUGUUAUCAGUUUUGGAUAAAAUGGUUAUUCUAGAUUACGAGCAGUAUGAUGAGAUUCAGAAAUUUAUUCACAAUUACCGAGGAUUAUACAUUGAUUGCAACAGUGAAUUGAUAAAAGCAUUUCCUCAGCAUGAUCCCGACAUGCUCGGAAGUAUUCUAUCCCGCGAUAUUCAGCAGCGGCUGAAGCAGUCUCAUGCUAGAAUAAGUGCAAAAGCUGAAGAUCUUAUUGCCGACUACGAAAAAUCAGUGAAAGCUAAAGGAGAUUUCAAUAUAUUAUUGAAAAUGUCUGUUUCUCUGAGAAUUCCACCCCUUUCGUUAUGUCGAAUUAUACUGGUGAAAAAAUAUCACACCAAAUCAAGGCAGGAAGUUUCUGAAAUGAUACGAAAUCCCGAUCUGAUAACGGACUCUUUGCUGGGAGCGAAUGUGGGCUACUGUUUAUACAACGAAAACAUGGAAGGCCCUAUCACGGAUACAAUCCGAAGAUGUAUUGGAGAGGAGUAUGAAGUUAAACUGAAACAAAUGGCUCGUGACAUGGGAAUGGUGUUUCACGACGAAGGUGAUUUGAGAAGAACCGGUUACGAUAAAACACCAGAUUUGAAGCUGGCUAUUCCCUGCCUCUUCAGAGGACGAGUGAUCAAUUGGAUUGAAAGUAAAGCCUCGUUCGGUGAUAUGGAAUCUCACCAAAAGUACGUGAAGGAUCAGUUGAUAAGCUACGGAAACAGGUUUGGCGGAGGAAUGGUUAUUUACUGGUUUGGAUAUCUCGAUAUGAUCGCCGAUUGUGCCGAGAAUGGAAAUUUAAUAACGGUCAUUGACAAAUUUCCAAAACCUGCAGAAUUUGAAUUCCUCAAAUUUAAUAUCCCAGAAAAAUGUCGACAAGAAUCCCAUAGGUGACACAGCUAGAUUUACAUAAGUAAUUCUAGAGUCUCGAUGUAUAAAUAUAUUUUAGAAAGAUAUCUACUACAUUAGAUUGACUUAUCACAUUAAUUCUUUGGAAUUCAUCUGCGUCGGCAGGCUUAUUCCAAAAAACAUACCCGAAUGAAAAUGGCAAAGAAUUAUCUUUUGAGUAAAACCAAAUUCUUUAAA